AUGCAGUGGUUGUGGGGGGCAGCAUAGCAGGGAUAUCGUGCGUUCAUGCCCUCACAGCAGCAGGAUGGGACGCCGUAGUGCUCGAGAAAUCGUGCCCCCACCGGAAGUCCAACCGAUGCUGGGCUUGGGCUCGAUCCUCUGGCUCUGAAAUCCAUCGAUUCAUGUCUCCACCAACCUCACCUUCUCCACAACACCACCCUGCCCCUCACCAUCGAUCAGUAGAAUCAAGCAACAGAUGGGGAGAAGAAGAUCAGCUGGAUACUGGCAAGGGAUGAAGACUUCUAUAUAGGGCUCUACCACCCCACAUGGUCCUCUGGGGUUACCUCUUCCUCUCUUUCUGCAUUUCAGACGAUAAUGCCUCUGUUAAAGUUACAGCCAGAGUUCUUCAAAUUGGUGAGAUCAUUGAGAUGGUUGGGGAUUUGCUCAUUGCAGCAGAUGGGUGCCUGUCCAAGAUCCGUCAGAGUUUCCUACCUUAUCUUAAACUGAGGUAUUCAGGUUACGCUGCAUGGAGGGGUGUUCUCGAUUUCUCGGGAGACGAGAAUUCAGACAUCCUUGUUGGCAUUCGCAAGGCUUAUCUGAUAUGGACACGACUCCCGGCAACACGCUGCGUCGCAACUAUAGGCAGCAGCGUGCACAGCAGCGCGCCUAGCGGCAUGCACCAGCGUGCCGCAGCACAGGCGACACCCACCGCCCGGCAGCGUGCCGCGGCACAGGCGGCACGCACCGCCCGGUAGCGCGCCGCGGUACAGUCUGCCAGCCGCCCGACAGCAGCAUGCAUCGCAUGGCCGUAGCACUCGGCAGCAGCAUGCACCACAUAGUAGCGACACGCACCACACGGCAGCAGCACGCACCUCACAGCAGUAGCAAGGUGGGUCGCACGCGCCAACGUAGAGCGGGGCCCACACGCCAGCUGUACCGUUCCCUUAUCCCCUAUUUUUGUGUUUCCCUUAGAAGUAGGAGUUUGAGUUUCGAUAGAAGUUUAAGUUGCGAUAAGAGAGGGACUACCUUAGCCGAAUACAAGAAGGAAACCCUCCUGUAAUCUUCUAUUUAAGGAGCUGAUUUAUUCAAUAAAGUCAUCGAAUUUUCAAUCAAGAAGAGAACAUGGAGAGUUAGGUGAUCUUUUGAACAAAUCACCCCUCAGUCCGCCAUCAUAGGGUCAACCCGCAAAAGGAAGGCAAGGAGUUUUCCCAGCAAACCGCCCCGUGACGAGAUCCUACGCCCAGGCCCAUAACAUUUUGGUAUCAGAGCCGAGCGUCAUGGGCGACAUGGAGCAGCUAUCGACCAUGGUUCACGAGCUGGAACACCAUCUCGUGGAAAAUCACGCGGAGGUAAGGGAAGUUAAAGAGGACGUCAGGGAACUUCGACGUCUCCUGGAGUUAUACUUCUCCACCAGAGAAGGGAGCCCUGAAGGGGAAGCCACUCAUCACAGCCGCCGCCCAGAUCGGGCAGAGGGCUCCAGUGAGCGACAGAGUGAC